CUACACAACCGAUUAAAAACACGAGAGUAAUUCUGAGGGUCAGGGAUGGAAUUUUGGGCUCCCCAGUGGCCGCGGCAGCCAUGGGGGAGGCCCACAGCACGAGCAAAGGAUCCAAGCCAAGGGCUUCGGAGAGAUGGAAUUCAUCGGCCCGUUCCUCACUCUUGGCACAAUGGAGAGAGGUACCACGGGAGCCCCCCGUCACAGCAGGACCCCAGGACAGACCACCAGCAGCCCUGUUAUGUGUCCAGGCCUGGGGAAAGGCAUCAUCAGCCUGUGUCCGGGGUUGACUAUUAUGAAGGUGGUUAUCCCAGUCAGUUGUAUUCAAGGCCAGGCAUGGAGGAUCUGUAUCGGAGCUAUCAUUCUUCAACCCUAAGGGAAGAAUAUGCUUAUGGAAAUUAUUACUACCAUGGACACCCGCAGCAGCUGCAGGAAGAAAGAGUGCCAAGGGGAGAGAGUCCUUAUAUCUGGCAGGAAGAUCACCGAGAUCAGAAGUACCUCAGUGAGCAGCAUCACGACAACCAGAGUACUCUAUCCAAGAGUCAGAACCCUUAUAAAGACAGCGCUGCUUCUAACACUGGACAGGAGCGGCCUGAGGACCUAGUUCCGGAGAGGCUGCCACCUGGAACCCAGAAGAAUAAGCCACCACUGGCCGACGAGUCCAACCUUCUGCAGCAGCACGAGUCUGGUCUCAGCUCCAGCGCCUACGAGCUCAGCCAGUACAUCGGCGAUGCGUCUGAGAUGUAUGAGCCCAGGGCACCAGCAGCUUGGAGUCCAGUUCAGGCCGAGGAUGUCUCGGCAGCUGGUCCCAAGGAGCCCAUGAAGUUCUACAUCCCUCAUGUGCCAGUGAGUUUUGGGCCAGGAGGCCAGCUGGUGUGUGUGGGUCCCAGGUCUCCCAGGGAUGGACAAACAGCCCUUGUGGAACUGCACAGCAUGGAGGUUAUUCUUAAUUACUCCGAGGAACAAGAAGAGCUGAGGACUUUCUCAGGACCCCUAAUCAGGGAAGAUGUACACAAGGUGAACAUCAUGACAUUUUGCCAGCACAAAGCAGCUCAGAGCCUAAAAUCUGAGACAGAGAGGAGCAGAGACUCAGCUCUACUGUGGCAAUUGUUGGUUCUCCUUUGUCGGCAGAACGGGUCCAUGGUGGGGUCUGACAUCGCGGAACUGCUGAUGCAAGAUUGCAAGAAGCUGGAGAAGUACAAGAGACAGCCGCCGGUGGCCAACCUCAUCAACCUGACGGAUGAGGACUGGCCGGUGCUGAGCUCAGGGACCCCGAACCUGCUCACCGGGGAGAUUCCCCCCAGCGUGGAGACACCUGCACAGAUCGUAGAGAAAUUCACUAAACUGCUCUACUAUGGAAGGAAGAAGGAAGCCUUGGAGUGGGCCAUGAAGAACCACCUGUGGGGUCACGCUUUGUUCCUCUCCAGCAAGAUGGACCCAAGGACCUACAGCUGGGUUAUGAGUGGCUUCACCAGCACGCUAGCCGCCAACGACCCACUGCAGACCCUCUUCCAGUUCAUGUCGGGGAGGAUCCCACAAGCAGCCACGGUACUCUUUGUGACGGGACUCCUUCAAUACCCCAGCAUCCUAGGGGUUUAGGGGGUGGGGACAGCUCGGGAAUGAGGUGAUGACUUUAAUGAUUUUUCUUUUUAUUUUUAGAGAGGGGAUAGAGGGGGA